UAUAUAUAUGCUCUCAAUUUCCAGUCAAAUUUGGCACUCCAACUUAGACUUUUCACUGUAAUCAUGCAUGCUCAUAUAUCAUUAAUUUAUGCUUAUAAAUAGGAUUAGUGGAGAAGAGGCAAUACAUAUCACAAGCAAACUGAAGAAUAUCUAUAAUCUUAAACAUGAAGGCUUUUCUCAUAAUAUGCAUUCUCUUGGCUACCAUCCUGUUCUCUCCCUCGGUGUCCGUUGCUGGAGCUCGAGAAUUAGCUGAGAAAGGUCCUCGAUUCGCCUGCGGCCCCGGUAAACGAUAUUGCAUCCCUGGAUCUCCUAAGCAAAAGUGCAAUCCUUACAUUCGCAAUUGUUCCCCUUGAAUGGAUUUAAUUACUUGAAAUCUCAACUAUCUACACAUAUGGAGAAUAACUGUUCUCAACUAGUAGAACCUUGGGAACUUGGCUUGUUUUCUCUCUAUUUGAAGUUUUAGCUUGCAUCAUGUGAGACUUACAUAUGUACAAUAAUUGUGCGUAUCGAGCAACAUUGAGAUGAUGUAUUUUCAUGUAUCAUGGUGCCAUCUCUUGAAGAUGGAUCACUUUGGAUUUGCAAAUAAAGGCAGAAUGGAAACUGUUUAUAGAUAAAAAUCGAAGAAAAUUACCAAUAACUGAAAUAAUUGGAAAAGUGGAAGGUUCAAUAUAGUUCCCGCCACAAACAGAGCGGUUAAGUAACGGUUACAUUUUCAAGGAAAACAAAAGUGCAGAUUACAAAUUAAUUAAUGAUGAUCAAGCAAACUCUAGAAUUCUCAUUUAGGAAACGAAUUUCUAAAAUGCCAAUUCAAUUGCUUCUCUUCUUGCCGCUAAUCACUGCAUCCGCCUCCACUGCUUUCCACAAUUUGCCCGGUCAAGGAACUUCAACAAGAGCCACUUGUAGGCUUUCAAAACCUCUUAUCGGGGAAGACGAUGGCAGGAUUUAUACUUGUUGUGAAAGGAAUUUUUUUGCAUUUGAAAGUAAUGGGUCCAUUGCCUGGACAUUACAUUUGGCUUAUACUUGCAACGUAAGCCUGUCUCCUAUUCAUGGCGGUAGAGGGAAGAUUUUUUUGGUUGCAGAGAACAGAGUCCUGAAAAUAAUUUUUCAUGAUGUUGGAACUUCUCCACCUAUGGCCGAAGUUUUCUUCGGUCAAGAAGAUGCAGGUGAAAUUAUCGGCCUUGCAGUGAACACACUGAGUUCAUCUGUAUUCAUCAAUGUCAGGAACCGAGGAUUAUUUGCGUUUACGAUUCCUGGACAAGGACAACUACUAUGGAGCGUUGGACCUGUAAUUUCUCAGUUUGGCUACCGUCUAGGUUGCAGGAACGGCGUUACAGAUUGUUAUUUUAAUUCAGUUCCUGUGAUUGAUCAAUGUGAGGCUAGUAUAUAUAUUUCGAAUACUGCAGGGGAGCUUUAUUCUCUGUCUUUUCGUAGCCCUCGCUUCAACUGGGUCCAGGAUCUAAGCUCAUUUGACAAAGAUUUUACUGUAACACCCGGAAACAAUGCCCAUUUGUACGUAACUGUACCCAUCAAGGCUCUUGUGUUGGCACUAGAUGUUUCUAUGGGCAAUAUUUUAUGGCAGACAAGCAUUGGACCAUUGAAUGCAGCGGAAUUCGCACCAGUUGUGGAUUCUCAAGGUUGGAUAUCUAUUGGUUCUUUGGAUGGAUUUCUGUACUCAAUCUCACCUACCGGAGAUGUGAAGAAAUUCGCAAAAGCAUCUGUACUGAAUCAUGUUAUCCAAGUUAGCCCCUUUCUUGAUUGCUCUGGCUAUGCAGUUUAUAUAUCUCAGGCGGAGAUGGAAGGAAAAGUUAGUCAAGUGAUUGGUGAAUAUAAUUAUGUCUCAGCAUUGAGACCUAGAGGUGUAGUCUUCACUUUGCUGGUUCCAGCAACUGGGGCUGUCUACUGGUCUGAAAUUUAUCCUGGUCAAUUUUCAUCCUUAUUAUCACAGAGUGAUCUGCAAGAUUUUGUAUUGGAUGAAGGAAUCCUUCUUGCUUUUAUCACUGCUUCAAGGACUGGCAACCCACUGCCGUGCCGUAGCAAACAUGAGAAGCUUCUAUCUACCUGCUCACAAGCAAGGCCCAAGCAUGUUAGAAUCUACACAGGUGAUGAGAAGACAAUAAUGCUGUUCCUGUUAUUUGAGUCCAUAGCCCUGGUUGUUUUAGCAGGCCUUGUGCGAUUCUGCUGCGUAUUUUGGAGCAAAAAAAAGAUUCAAGGUCAAGGCUUGGGAGAUUUUCUAGAAAAGCGACGGUCUCUCCAACUCAAGAAGAAGGCAUUCGAUAGGACGAUCACAGAACUGAAACAGAAGGCUGCAGAGGAAGCAGUGGCAAAUGAAGUUAUAGAAGAACUGGGAGAUUUGGUACGAGAGAGGCAAGGAAUUGAAAGAAAGCUCUCAACAACUUACAGUUUAGGCAGGGAUGGAAAUGGCCAGCAGUCAAAAUCUCUCCUUCCAGUACAUGAUGGGAAGACGACAAGGAGCUAUUCCUUUCAAAGUGCGAAAAAAGAAAGUGUCACUAUUUUUCACACAUUAAGUGAUACUACUUCUUCUGGAGAAAGCAGCAGUGAAAGAGGUUAUUCUAGGUGGAUUAGUGCUCAACAAGACAACCAAUCAGCUGCUAAGACAAAGGCAAAAGCAAAAGCACAAGCACCCAUAGAAGCAGAAAGUUCAAGUGAUGAUGGGAGCUUUAUAAAAGACUUCCAAAGUUCAUCAGAGCCAGCAUCGUGCAAAGAGGCUAUGGAGUGGUAUGAUGAAGGGAAUGUGGGAGAAUCAACACAAACAGGUGGCAGAUGCAUAUGGUUAAAAAGAAGGACCUUGUCUUCAACAAACUAGUCUAAUACAGGCAUUACUUUCUCUAGACGGACUAUAAGUAAAAGGAUUCCAUUUUUUUUUUGUAUGCCCGCAGAAAUAUUUCUGUUUCUCUCCUACCUAUGAAUGGCUUUGUGAUUUGCAGAAGCCAGAAUAACGGGUGCUUUCACCUGUUAGUAUGGAGAAUUACAAUUUUAAUGACCAAUACACCCCAUUGGUAUGGGAAAAGGUAUAUUUGUCAACUAAAUUGCAAUUCUCCAUACCAGUAAGAUAUGUUAUACAAAUCUCAAUAAAUACAGAGAAUACAUUAAAUUAAAUGAAUCGAUAUUUAUGUGCAA